CCUCUCCAUUUAGAUUAUUCUCGUGCAAAUAAUUCAUACUGCAGUUGCAGGAACCGAAUCAAGUGCAAAUGAAGCAGCUUCAGAAGAUAGCUAUCGUACCGCUUUUGUUCGAAAAGACAGUUCUCCUACUGCCGUUCCUUGCACUGAUCAUAUCUUGCUGCGAUGCGGCAGCCCUGAGGCUGCACGCUACCCACGCCGACGCUGGCCGCGGCCUCACCAACCGCGAGCUGCUGCACCGCAUGGCCGUGCGGAGCAAGGCUCGUGCUGUGCGGCUGCUUUCGGGCCGCGCUGCGAGCGCCCGCGUAGACCCGGGACCUUACACCGACGGCGUCCCCGAUACGGAGUACCUGGUGCACCUGGCCGUCGGCACGCCGCCGCAGCCCGUGCAGCUCAUCCUCGACACUGGGAGCGACCUCGUCUGGACGCAGUGCCAGCCGUGCCAAGCCUGCUUCGACCAGACGCUCCCCUACUUCGACACGUUCAACUCCUCCACGUUCGCCUUGCUCUCAUGCCACUUGCCCAUGUGUCACAACCUGCCCUGGUCUUCCUGCGGCAAGCAGAACUGGGGCAACAACACGUGUGUCUACGUCUACUCCUACGGCGACAACUCCAUAACGACCGGCCACCUCGACGCUGAUACCUUCACAUUCGCGGCCGCCGAUGGCACCGGCCAGGCCUCCGUACCCGGCCUGGCCUUCGGUUGCGGUCUCUUCAACAACGGAAUUUUCAGGUCCAACGAGACCGGCAUCGCCGGCUUUGGCCGCGGCGCGUUGUCCCUGCCGUCGCAGCUCAAAGUGGAAAACUUCUCCUACUGUUUCACUGCCAUAACGGGAUCGGAACCUAGCACCGUCCUGCUCGGCGCUCCGACCAACCUCUACAGCAACGCCGGUGUCGUCGUCCAGUCUACUCCUCUCAUCCAAAACUCUUCGUCAUCUCUCAGCGCGUAUUAUAUCUCCCUCAAGGGCAUAACGGUCGGCUCGACGAGGCUGCCGAUCCCGGAGUCGGCGUUCGCGCUGAAGCAGGACGGGACGGGCGGCACGAUCAUCGACUCCGGCACCGGCAUGACGUCUCUGCCCCAAGACGCGUACAAGCUCGUGCACGACGCGUUCGUCGCCCAGGUGAAGCUCCCUGUGCGCAACUCGACGGCUUCGUCGUUCACCCAGCUUUGCUUCUCGGCGCCACCGCGGGCGAAGCCUGACGUGCCGAAGCUGGUGCUGCACUUUGAGGCCGCUACGCUGGACUUGCCGCGGGAGAACUACAUGUUUGAGAUCGAAGACACGGGGGGCAGCUUCACCUGCCUUGCGAUCAACGCUGGGGAUGGCCUGACCAUCAUAGGCAACUAUCAGCAGCAGAACAUGCACGUACUCUACGACCUGGCCAAUAACAAGUUAUCCUUCGUCCCUGCUCAAUGCAAUCGGCUUUAGCCGUGCUCUGGCGCAUCGUGUCCUGUUCCGGCCCCAGUGUACGUUUGCGUUGUGCUUACAUUUCCAAAUUUCCCCUUCAAUUUCGUAUAUGGUGGUAACUGGAUGCAUACAUAAGUUAUAUAACCAUAAGGGUGAUGCUAGUGAUACGCUCUAAAGACAAUCAAGGAGAUGAAUGCAUCACCUAUUUGUUUAGAUAGGAUUAUUGAAUAAUUAUCAUCUGCAUUGAUCAACAGUUA